UAGUAAUUGUUCAAUAGUGCGAACAAAAGUAAAAUGCGUGUUCUUGGAAAAUAUCGUUUAACGUUUAAAAUAUUCUAAAUUAAUAGAAGCAACCCACACUAAUUUUAAGUCAAUUGAAAGUGUACGUAUUUUAUCCAGUAAUAUCGGCAAAAUAGAUAUUCUUCAGCGAUCACAUUCGAAAAUAUUGUUGAUGGUUAGCAGCCAUAUUCAUAUCUCAGAACGACUUUGAGGAAUCAACAUUAUAGUGUACAUCUAAAUUGAGUGCUGCCGUCGUGUGUGUGUUUUUUGAUGUAUACUCCAGUUGAUUUCUGAAACUGCUGGAACAGUUUUCACCUUGUGGAGUCAUUCAAAAAGAAGAAUGCCCCGUGUGUCCCUCUGUGAACAUCGGACACUCUUGAUCUAAGCUGUUUAUUAAUGAUGUAACAGAAAAAACAAAAAAAGAAUAAUAGUAAACGAAAUGAGACACCAUUUGAGACAUAAAGUACUAGCGGAUCUUUAUGAUCCAUGUUGUACACUGGGAACAAAUAUCGUGAAUGACAUAUACAAAUGGACCCAUGUUGGAGUAACAACAGAGAGAAGUAGAAAAGAAAAGAAAGGGGGAAAAGAAAGAAAAGACAAACUUAAAAACAAGAAAAAUGAUUAAAGUAGGUAAAUAAAUAAAAAUAAAAAUUAAGGAGAGCAUGCACAGAUGAGAUGUUGUUGAAAGAGCACAAAUGAUAAAUUUAAGCUAUGCUGGGUAGUUCGCGAGUGUCAAGCAGCAGGAGUGAGUGUAUUUGAAGAGAAAGACAAAGGUUUUAUUUAGAUAAAAAUCAGAAUGACGUAACUGAAAAUCUUCUGGUAUUGUAUAUAUAGUCACUGACCUCUUUUACGAUUAUUGCUAUCUCAUCAGAUGUCAAUUGACGUUGUAAUAAUAAUGUUUUAGUGUCGAUUUUUUUGAGGGUGAGGGGGUUUGAACAGCAAGCGAGAUCUGAACUUCCCAACAGACUGAAUCAACCUAGUUUCUAAGGGUAACUCAUUAUAUUCACGUAAUGUACGAAAUAUUAUUGAUUCAUAAACCAUAUUUAGCCGACAACGAGCCAUAGGCAACAACUGCCUCUCAUGACUCCGCAAGGAGUAACAAAAUGACACUCUUUGUCUGAUAUGAACAAAUUCCAAGCCUAGUAACUUCUCUAAAUGUCCUUGACCAUUUAAGAUAGUGUUUUCUCAAUUAGAAACACUUCACAAAUGGCUCACCCAUUCUCUUUUAUUUCACAAUUAAUUUUGAACAAGAAUAUUCUUCUAUUGACAAUCUUCUUCUCUUAUACACAACACUUUUAUCUCCUUCAUUUGAUCUCAAGCGAACACAUACAAAAAACCUGUUGUGCUUAUCGUUGGAGGUGGCUAUGGUGAGUCGAAUUUGUGCAUUUUACGACUAUUUUACUUUGUUUUUUCUUUCAUUGAAACAAGGUGGUCUUCAAUGUGCCAGAUUACUUGAUAAAUAUGGUAAAUUCUUUAAUGUGAUACUCAUCGAUCGGAAAACCUCUUUUUUCACAAUGUUGCAUCAUUACGUGCCAGUGUGGAACUCAAAUUUGCUCGAGACAUUUUGGUGCCAUACAAUCUACUGCUCCCAAAGAGUAAGUAAUGUCUAGAGUUUUGUGUGGGCAGCUAAACAAUUGUCUCGUCCUGUUUUUUAAAACUGUUUCGCCACGAGAUAUCUACCAACAACAGCUUCUGAUAACAAAUGCUAACGAAAACUGAAACGAGAGUUACAUAAUCCAUGUAAAAAAACCAUCGUACGACGAUCAUUGUACAGUCAACUAACAUUUUGAGAGUCUCGCCUCGUCCCGCAAAACUCUUAUAGUCUCGUUCAUUAUCUGUCACGUCUUAUUUCAUUUCAGAAUGUAUUGUUAAACUCAGAGGAUAGCAUACAAGUUCACGGACGUGAUGACCCAAUGCACUUUGACUAUUUAGGCAUUGCUAUAGGAUCAUUGUAUGCAUUUUCUGGAAAAGUAGCCGAUCUUAAACAAUCUCAAGCAUUAGAUCGAUACAAAAUGCUUCAAGAAACAAUCGAACGAGCUCAACGUAUUCUUGUUAUGGGCGGUGGACCCGUUGUCAUCGAAUUAUGCGGUGAAAUUGCUACUGAUUUUCGUAGAAAAAGUAUUACUCUAGUACAUGAUGGUACAGAAUUACUUGGUUCGAAUGUAUUCAAUGGACUACGAAAACAACUCGAAAAACUCGGCGUCACUAUAAUAUUUAAUGAUCGAAUCGAGUUAGAAGCUGCUCAGACUAACCAUACAGCUCCAUAA